GCGAGGAGGCGCUCGCCUUCGAGCCCGCGGCGGCGCGUAAAUAGAGCGACCUGGUGCCAGCGUCGCGUGCCAUCUUCGCCAGCCGGGCUCCGGCCCGAAGUCAAGACCUCCAGGUUUCCGGUGGCCUGUCCCUGGAAGGACUCUCGGCCGGGUCGCCAAGAAUACGGCGCAGCUCGAAAUAACCGAGCCUCUGAGGGCCACCAGACGCCCCGCCCCUGGGAGGAGUUGGAAAGCCCGGUGGUGGCGGACGGAGCCUGAAGGGACUGCCCCCGGGGUGGGGCACUGGCCAUGGGUACGCCCCGCGGGGCCGGCCCGGUGGCCCUGCGCUUCGCCGCCGCUGCCAGCUGGCUUGUGGUGCGCAGACGCAGCGUGGAGCAGUUUCCGCAAGUGUUACAGUUUCUGCAAUGCCUGCGCGCUGCUGCUCCCGGCUUGGUUCGCUACCGACACCAUGAACGCCUGUGUAUGGGCCUCAAGGCCAAGGUGGUGGUGGAGCUGAUCCUGCAGGAUCGGCCUUGGGCCCAGGUUCUGAAUGCCCUGCAUCACCAUUUCCCUGAACCCGGUCUUGUUGUGCGGGACCCCAAAGCCACAAAGCAGGAUCUGAGAGAGAUUUCCGAGGCACAGGAAACCUUUUGCCAACAGGUGAAGCAACUAGCAGAGGCCCCUGUGGAGCUGGCUUCAAAGCUGCAGGAUCUUGCACGAGAAUAUGGGGACUCCUUUAUUGCUGCAGUGGAAAAGCUAUUCUUUGAAUAUUUAUGUCAGCUGGAAAAAGCACUCCCUGCACUGCAAGCACAGCAGCUUCAGGAUGUACUCAGCUGGAUGCAGCCUGGAGUCUCUCUCUCUUCUUCUUGUGCCCUGAACCAAUAUGCACUGGACAUGGGGUGGCCACUACCAGAAUGCUUGCUUACUGACUCAGUGGACAUGACAGAACCCAUGGAGCAGAGUCCUCAGCAACCAAGACUAGAGCUCCACAGUCCUUUGCCAAAAGCCACGCCUGAGCCAUGCCUUCCUCAGGGAGCAGCCUCAAGGAAGCACCCAAAACCUCUGGCUGGUCACCACUUCAAUCUGGCCCCCCUGGGCCGGAGAAGAACCCAGUCGCGAUGGGCAUCCACUAGGGGAGGACAUAAAGAGCGCCCCACAGUCAUGCUCUUCCCCUUUAGGAACCUGGGUUCACCAACUCAGGUCAUAGCUAAACCUGAGAACAGAGAAGAACAAGGGACAUACAUGGCAGACCCAGCAAGUGCUGUGGGCAAGAGAGCAGGUCCCACUGGCAAGUCUAAGGGUCCAUCCCAGGUACUAGGCGGAAGAGCACUGGAGAGUCCAGUUGACCUGUCUGCCUCCAAGCAAAAGGAGAAUUGCAUGGAUUGUCCCAUGAACCCAAGACUGUCAUCGCCUCCUAGGUCCACGACACCAGUGUGUCCUCCAUCUAUGUGCAGCUCUGUCAUUACCAUAGGGGACUUGGUUUUGGACUCUGAAGAAGAAGAAAAUGGCCAGGGGGAAGGAAAGGAGUCUCUGGAAAACUAUCAGAAGACAAAGUUUGACACCCUGAUCCCCACCUUCUGUGAAUACCUCCCCCUUGUGGCCCCAGUGCAGCCUGCCCUGUGAUCUUGUAGCCAGCUCUAGACACCUGGGGUAGGACAGCUGUGCCCUCUGCACUCUGCUGUCGCCCUCCUCAGCGCUGUUUAUGGCGAUAAUGUGCAAGCCCUGUGGGCAGCCUGACUCCACAUUCCUCAAAUUACUCUGUAAUGCCUAGUGAUUAAACUUUGGAUUUAUUGAAACACUGUUUUGGGCAUGGGGAGGGGGAGGAAAGCUGCUUUAAGGUCAGGGUGGGGCAUUUCUUAGAGAAAGAACUGGCUUCUUAGGGCUGAAAGCUUGGAAAGGAAAUUUCCUUUAGCUGUUCUGAAAAUGUGUGUGUGUGCCCUCAUGCCAGAAUACACUUCGUACAUUCUCACAUUCUCUCUGCCAGGUUACCUGGGGGUGGGUGACGCUAGAAGGAAGACAUUUCUUGGGGAAAGUACUCA